UAUCAAUUUGAUUUUUACUAUAGUUCAAGUUGGUGGGUGUCAAUUUUGCUAUUACAUAAAUUGAUUCAAUAGUAAUUUGAUAACAAGUAGAGACAUGUCCCAACUAUCACAGUCCUCGGAAGCCCUAAUAAGAGAAGCUAAUAAGAAAAAAGAUGGAGAUCAACUAUUCAAACCAGAAGAAAAUUUCAAAGCUCUUAUGGGCGACGACGAAGAUACUGUGGCUUUCGUAUUCCAGCACGUAAGUGCUCGAGAAUCCAUACUCACAUCGGUUGCAAAAACUACCAGAGGAGUUCUAAGCUUUGGGGCAACCGUUAAAGGAGAAAUCGAUCACAACAGCCAAGAAAGUGACGAAAUAGCUACUAGAAAACCAUUCAGACACUGGAAACCUUCUUUGGUUGUUGAAAAAGCUGAAGUCGUAUGUAACGAAGGCGACCAGGCGAUGUUACAAGUUCAAAUAAAUGGCUAUCCAAAACCUGAUAUGAGAUGCACCUUUCAAGAUAUACCAAUUAAGCCUAGCUCAAAAUAUAAAAUCUACCAUGAAAACCACGAGCACAUUCUACUGCUAGUUAUCAGAGACGUACAAUUCGAAGACGCUGGCACGUACACUAUAAUGGCCGAAAACGAAAUUGGUUUUGACUCUGCGGACAUUAAUUUAAUCGUUAUUAGACACAAAUAUCCUACAAUAAAAUCUAAAAUUGAAGACCUAUCAAUCGGCGUAGAAGAAAUCCUAAUCGUGCCAGCAGAAGUAGAUGGAAUUCCGAAACCCGCAGUGCAAUUCCUAAAAGACGGCAGAGAGUUUCAGCAAAACGACCACAUACAAGUGAUCGAAAAUUACCCAAUAUUCACUCUGGUAUUGAAAAACACUUGCCUAAAAGACACAGGAGUAUAUUCGGUCGUUGCCACCAAUUGCCUGGCUCAAGUGUCUCAGUUUUGGGGCGUUUACGUCUACAGCAAACCGAAAUUCUUGCACAAACUGGGCAACAAUUUGCAAGUAGAUCAAAACAAAACCGUAGUGCUCAAAGCAAAAAUCCAAGCAGAACCUAGAGCUGUAAUAAAGUGGUACAAAAACGAUCUGCAAUUGGUCGCUAACAAGAAAAUCCUCAUUGAUGACGAUGAAGGAUUUGAAUUUUUGAAGAUACGUAAUACUUCCAUACAAAAUGCAGGUGUUUACAGGUUUAGAGCGGAAAACGUGCACGGCUUUGUAGAAGAUAGAGUUCAAAUCGAUGUGAAGAAAGCGCCAACUAUUGUGCAAUCAUUUGACGAUGCCAUAGCUCUAGAACAAGACGUUUUUCAUAUUAUACAUAGUGUAGAGUUGGAAAUUAAGAUUGAAGCUUUUCCUAGACCAAUAGUUACAUGGUUUUUGGAUGGUGAUGAAUUAUUGGACGAUAUACCAGAAUUUACCAGAGUAGAAACUAGCGAUUCAAUUAAAUUAAUUAUCAACGAGCCCACUACUGAUCUUUCGGGAGAAUAUCGGUGCAGAUUAACCAACGAAUGCGGACAGGAUGAAACUAGCGGAAAAGUCACAGUAAAUUGUUCUCCUCGUAUAAACGUCCAAUUAAACGACUUAAACAUCGAAGAACAUUCUACAUUAACUUUAGAAGUUAUCGUAAGAGGUUUUCCUGCUCCUCAGUUUAGAUGGUUCAGGAACAACCAGGAAAUGGACCCUGACGAACGCAUCCAAAUCGGCCUUGAAACUUAUGGAAAGCAAAAAUACAAGAUUUUCUGCACCAUCAGUGGAAUUUCUUAUGCUGAAAGGGGAGAGUAUGUGGUGCAAGUGGUUAAUGCUUAUGGAGAUGUUAAGAGCAGGUGUAUUGUAAAUGUGCUUACAAAACCAAUAUUCCUCCAAGUCCAAAUGCCAGAUACAGUAAUAAAAGAAGGGGAAGAUGUUACAUAUAAUGUUAGAGCUUUUGCAAAUCCUCCUGCCCAAGUCACUUGGUUGUGGGAAAAUACUGUAAUCAAUUCUGGAGACAAAAAAGAUUGGAACAAGUUGCUCACAUCCAAUAACAAUACAGAAUUCAGGAUGGGCAUAAGACGCGCUAGAAUGGUAGACGCUGGCAUUUACCAGUGCGUUUUGGAAAACUCUGUUGGAAUUACCAAACAUAGAGCGGCUUUGGCAGUUUUGCGUAGGAAAAAUGAAGAUGUAUGA